AUGACCACAUUGACAACUUUUCCUGAAGACGAUAGAUGCCCAAAAGUGUGUAAUGAUAUUGGAGCUUUUAAAAAAGCUGAAAAAUCACCUGAACAGGCAUUGGAGGAAGUUAAAAUCUCUGAACAAAAAAAAUCUGAUGUUGAACCUAAAGUCGAACAAACGUUUAGUUCAGCUCCUCAAAAUCCAGUGGAGGCAAUGAGGCCUCCACCUUCUGGAUAUGAAUAUCUACCCAAUCUUAAACCUGGGACAGAUGGUAAAGUGGACUGGACGCCUCUCGGUGGAAUGACUGGUACAAGACCUGGCGUCAACAAAUACAGCAUCAGCAGAUAUUCCCUCAGUGAAUGGCGGAAACACAAUGAUAUGGUCCUUGAUCCUGAAAUUAUAACUGAAUCAAAUAUUGUUGAAUAUAAUGCCAAAACUUCUAUGAUGCAGGCAUUUGGCAAUAUCGAUAAACAACAGAGCGAAAACUGCAAACGAUUGAAGCAGAAAGCGCGGGAUAUAUUUAGAUGGAAAGUCGAAGUUGAACGAGCAUGUAAAGCUAUAACAGAAGAAGUGGAAAUGUUGGAAAUAGAACGACAGCGCUUAAAGGGGGCUUCGAGAGUUUUGAUGUUGCCUGAAUCAAUAUCUAAAGAAUGCUUAGAUCUUCGUUCAAACAGAUUCGAACCAGAUCUGGUUGCUGAUGCAGCUGAACAAGAAUUAAUCAAAGAAAUGAACUUAGUAAGUGAAGUAAGGGCCACACUUAAAAACACAUUAAAUCAAAUUAAUGAACAAUUAGCCAUCAAUAAGGCUGCUAAACACAGAAUCGAAUUCGACUGGUGUGAUAAAACAAUGGCUUAUAAUACUGAAACAAUUAAUUUAAGCCUUAGUCCUAAAUCCAAUACGAUUUUGUUCAGACCUGGAGCUACUCGGUUCGGUGACUUUACUGCACCUUUGGAAUAUUGGGAAUUCUUUUGCAGAGAAAACGUGCAAAGCUGUGAAGCUGCUAGACAAAAGUCAACAGAUCUUCGUGGAAGUCUUAAUGCUAUCCUCGUGAAUGGUGGUAGAAAGCUUCGUACCCAGGCAGAUAAGACAGACAUUUCUAUAGCCGAAACUGUAGCCAUAACUCAGGAACUAUGUACUAAAUUAGAAGAAACUUUACUCUCUACGCUACAGAGAUUAGCAGAUACGGAAUGUUUGAUUGACACUUUACAUGAAUCGAUUAGAAAAAUGGAUGCAGCUAUGAAAUUAGCUCAAACACGACUAGAUAACAGAAAUAAUUGGAGACCACAUGGGGAGAACGUUAGAGACCAACCACAUUUGGGCUUGAUAGAGGAAGUUAAAAAGAUUCACGAGACGGUUACGUCACUUCUUGGUCAAUUGAGGAACUCAGAGAGAGUCAGGAAAGAUUUGAUGAAUAAACGGAUCACUUUAGAAAGAGAAAUAGCAUCAAAAAGAAAAACUUUGAACAUUGACAGAGAUAGAAUUGGAAUUAUAAGAUCUCAUUAUCCAUCAGCCUCAGAAUUGGCUGGAUAUUAA